CCAACCAGUUGUAAUAGAACUGCUGGUAGAACGUACAUGUUUACAUCUAUAUAUACCCUGGCACAAACCGUAGCUUCUCUCGCACCAAUUCCCAGUUCUGUUUUCUGCCUUUGUUUUUCAGAAACUAGAACUGGUGAAGUACUGCUUUAGAGACAGACAGCUAUGGCAAUUGGGCAGUAUAACCAUGCUGAUAAUGGUCAAGUUAAUGGCUUUGAAGAUUUGGAGAAGCCAUUCAUCCGGCAAGAAAAAGAUGUUGGAUAUGGAAAUAAUAAUCCUGAUAAGAGUGUUGAAAGCGGAUCCAUUCGGAUGGUUUUGCUUAGCACAUUUGUUGCUGUCAGUGGCUCUUUCGAAUUUGGAUCAUGUGUGGGCUAUUCAGCACCCACUCAAUCUGCUAUCAGGGAAGAUCUUAAACUCUCUCUAGCCGAGUAUUCCAUGUUUGGCUCCAUAUUAACGAUUGGUGCAAUGCUUGGUGCUGUCACAAGUGGUAGGAUUGCUGACUUCAUCGGUCGAAAAGGGGCAAUGAGGAUGUCAGCUGGUUUCUGCAUUGCAGGAUGGCUUGCUGUAUAUUUCUCUAAAGGAGCUUUUCCCCUUGACAUGGGAAGGUUAUUCACAGGAUAUGGAAUUGGAGUUUUCUCCUAUGUGGUGCCAAUAUUUAUUGCUGAAAUAGCGCCAAAGAAUCUUCGUGGAGGGCUCACAACAUUGAAUCAGCUCAUGAUUGUCAUUGGAUCCUCAGUAGCAUUCCUAAUGGGAACAGUCAUGACAUGGAGAACACUUGCCUUGACUGGACUUGUUCCAUGCAUUUUCCUGCUUGUGGGUCUGUGCUUUGUACCUGAGUCUCCAAGAUGGCUGGCAAAGGUUGGCCAUGAGAAAGAGUUUGAAGUUGCACUACAGAGACUUCGUGGCAAAGAUGCUGACAUUACUUGUGAAGCUUCCGAAAUUCUAGAUAAUAUCAAAACUCUUCAGACUCUUCAAAAAGUUAAAUUGAUGGACUUGUUUCAAGGCAAACAUAUUCGCCCUGUGACUAUUGGAAUUGCAUUGAUGAUAUUUCAACAAUUUGGAGGAAUAAAUGGAAUAAGUUUCUAUGCAAGUGAAACCUUUGCAUCAGCUGGACUUUCUUCAACCAAAAUUGGAAUUAUAGCUUAUGCUUGUGUUCAGGUUCCAAUAACUGUAGUGGGAGCAAUAUUAAUGGACAAAUCAGGGAGAAGGCCACUUAUAAUGAUUUCUGCAACAGGGACAUUUCUAGGCUGCUUUCUAGCAGGAACUUCCUUCGUUCUCAAGAGCCACGGCCUAUUGCCUGAGUGGGUAGCAAUAUUAGCUGUUGGUGGGGUGCUGAUAUACAUAGCAUCUUUCUCUAUUGGAAUGGGAGCAGUCCCUUGGGUGAUUAUGUCGGAGAUUUUCCCAAUUCAUGUGAAGGGGGCUGCUGGGAGCUUGGUGGUGUUGGUCAAUUGGUUGGGUGCUUGGGCAGUUUCCUAUACAUUCAACUUCCUAAUGCGCUGGAGUGCUUCAGGCACUUUUUUCAUCUACUCUGCAUUUUCUGUGAUGACUGUUCUAUUCGUGGCGAAGUUAGUCCCAGAAACCAAAGGAAAAACACUAGAAGAAAUUCAAGCAAGCACCAACUCAUAGAAAAGGAGAAAGGCUAAACAAAGAAUUGAAAUGGACAAUUGAAGGAGAAGAUAUUAAGACAGUUUCCUGUGAUUUUGCGUCAAGUGUCAUCUCUAUUUGGUGCUGAAAAAUUCAAGUCUGAACGGUGCAACAAGGAAAAUAGAUGAAAUGGAAAUUACUUGUGGGUUGGACAGGAGAUCCUUGAUUGUACUCAUGUCAAAGAGGAUUACUACUUUUAUGUUUAUCCACUUUAUGAAGAGAAUUUUCUCUCAUAUCUUCACAAUUCCAAGCCUAAAAUAAAGACUUCGUCUCAAUUUUUGGUUGGUUUA